ACUCUGCAAACAAAAGACAACCAAGAAAACAUGGAAUUUAGAACCAAUAAAAAACUGCUUGUAUUCCUAUUCUUGUGCAUCGUUCUGUUCACCUCUGCGCAAGCCAUUUGCGUGCCUCGCAAUCAAACUGUCUCGGAAGGAGGGCCAGGACUGUCUUCAUCUUUUUCUGCUUCCUCCAAAUCACACUCACAAUCUUCUCCUGCCUCCACUCCUACAUCACAGCCACCGCCUUCUCCGCCUCCCCCAAGUACUGCCCCAGCCCCAGUUUCCGUCACUCCACCUUCUCCUCCCUCUCCAAGCACUGCCUCAGACCCAGUUCCCGCCACUCCAACAAUUGAUUCAUCUCCAGGGUUAAAGUUACCCAAAAUUCAACUUCCGCUAUCACCACUUUCCUCAAACCUUGGGGUGGGAGCAAAAACGGUAACUGACCCUCAGAUCUUAAGCCUGUGUGGCAAAACUGAUCACGCUGCUCUUUGCUUAGCCUGCAUUGCACCUUUCUACAAUGGAAAAUCAGACCUCUCAUCGGUAGUUGAAAUGUUGAUAAAGUCUGGCACUGAGCAAACAAAACAGGCUAUUGCCAUCGCUGCAAAAAUGGCUGACGACCCUAAAUCCGAUCCCAAGACAGUGGCAAAACUUAACGACUGCAAGGAAAUUUAUGAUGAUGCCUUGGACAACAUGCAAGAAGCCAUUGAUGCAAUCCCACUUAAAGAUCUUGGUACCAUUGCUACCAUGAUUAGUGCAACCAUUUCAGAUUUCGGGACAUGUGAUGAUGGUUUCACAGGGCAGCCUAAUCCGAUUCCUGAAGGAGUUUCUCCAAUGGCUAAAAUCAAUGAGAAUCUUAUGAAUAUUGCAGGCAUCAUCCUUGUCCUUGCAGACAUGAUUCAUUGAUUUUUGUUUCCAAUUUUAACUAGGAUUUUUACUUUAAAACUUGGGAACAAGAGCUAGCUUUAGUAAUUCAUUUGUUCUUUGUACACUCCCUUAACGUCUCCAAAGAACUUCUAGAGAUGAUCUAAUCUUUAGUUCCUUAUGAACACAAAAACCAAUAAAUGCUGUUGUAUCACAUUUUUUUCUCUUGCAUAUAUAUUUUCUAAACUCUUCAUUGGGUUGCAAUACAUCUUUUUU